AUGGAAAGCAGUGACAAUAUUUGCAUCAAUGGAUAUGAAAUUUUACUUACAAAAGGAAAUGGAAAUAUAGGGUCUGUAUUUCAAGCAAAGAAGGAUAAAGAGUAUUAUGCUAUUAAGAUGAUCAACAAAAACUAGCUCGAAAGCAUGGAGAGCUUUUAUAAUUUAAUGCAAAAAAUGGAACAUUUAGAUUAUGGUGGAAAUAAUAAUGUGGUUAGGAUUUAUGAAUUUUUUUAAAACCCGUUUAAUAUAUUUAUAUCGAUGGAAUACUGCAACCAAGGCAACUUACUCUAAUACAUGCUUAAGCAACCUGAAAAACGCUUAGACUGUUUUAAAGCAAUUGAAUUAUUUGCUCAUAUUUUAAAUGGAUUCAAAUUUUUACAUAAAAAUAAUAUUCAGCACAGAAACCUAAAACCUCAAAAUAUACUAAUGCAUAAUAACAAACCAAAGAUUACUGACUAUGGUCUAUAUAUGCUUUACAAUGGAAAAUAAUAAUAUUAAAUGAGAGAAUUUAUGGCUCCUGAGAAUUACGAGCGUACUUCUGAUUAAGGCAGUCAUUUAUGUGAUAUUUGGGGCUUAGGAGUUUUGCUGUUUUUCAUGAUAUUUAACACAUGGCCAUUCAAAGAUUUUGAUGAAAUUAAAAAAUAUACGUACAGUAAAUAAUUCGCUUUAGAUCUGUUUCUUAAGGAAAAGGAAAUACAAAAACCAUCUACUCUAUAAACAAACCAGUAGGCUAUGAAUAUGCUCACUGAAAUAUUUUAAGGCCUCUUUGCUUAUUAAAGUAAAAACAGAAUGAGCUUCUGGAAGCUUUGCAAUCAUGAAAUAUUCUUGAAAGUUAAAAACUUUGACAUGGGUGAAUCCAUUUUAUUUUACUUUCAUGAAGAAAAGAACUUCCCCACAAUCAAUUUGUAAUAGUUUUCACCUACAUUUAAAUAAAAUGGAGGAAUUUUAAAUUUAAAUGGUCUGCCUGGUGUAUCAGCACGUUCCAUGUAUUCUGGAGAAGUGUUUGAUGAUUUUAAGUCUAACGAAAAUAUAUCCAUUAUGAUAUCAACUCCCACCCUUUAAGUAAAAAAAGUUCACUCAAAGAAGUGUUCUCUUUCAAAUGAAAAUUAAGAAAAUCAAGAAUUACCAAAUUAAGAUUUAGUCAAAAACUAAUCAAAUAUAAUAUAACAAAAUAACUAUAAAAUUCCCCAAAAUCAAAGCAUGAAUAACACAAUGAGUAUAAAUUUAGAACUCGAUAGCCCCCAAACAAAUAAAGUUCAUAAGAAAAAAUUUACUAUCGAAGAACCUUACAGUUUUUAAAAUGAGGGAGGUGGAAUGCUUAGCAGCUUUGGCAAAAGAAAAUAGUUGCAAAAUUUAAAAAUUGGCAUUCCUAAAAAUGAUUCGAAUUCUCCUCAUUGUAAAACUCCUCAAUAUAAUCUUUUUGAAUCAGAUACAGACUUUGAAAAUAUAGAGGAAUUUGAUUCUAACCACAAAGAAGCAAACAGCAUACCAUAUUUUACUUUAAAAGCAUGUAAAAUGGUGAAUUUUUAAUUUAAGCCUCAUUAAGACUAGAAUGCCAUGAAAAUGUUAGAUUCUUACUCUCUUUCUAGUGUACUUUCUAUUCCCCGUCCUUUCUCUUUUCCAGAAGCGGAUUAAUAAAAAAAGUACAUCUCAUCUCUUUAUGAUUUAGAAAUAUACAGGUAUAGAUUCAUAGAACAAACAAUCCAUAUACUAAGGAAUAUCUAUCAAGAGACUGUUAAUUAAACUCCUAUAAUAGAUUACUAGCUGCUAAUUAAAGCUGAACAUUACUCAUUGAAGAAUGCAUUUCAUAUUGCUAAGACUCUUCUUUAAAAAAUUGAAAAAAAAGAAAACUUUUUAAAAAUCGAUUCACGCGAUUUUUCCAAAUACUUCACUCAGCAAUGUCAUGAUAAAUACUAAGAAAUACUUCAAAAAGACUUAUAUAGAAUUUAUAUUUAAUACUUUUUUACACAGACACUACUAAAAAAUCAAGGCGUAGAGUAAAUUGCAGAUCCUAUUGAAAAUUAAUAUUUUUUCUUUAAAAGAAAUUCUUUUAAUUAGCUUUAAGAAGCGAACAGUAUCGACGAAUCUGAAAAUAAUUAAUCAAGAAAAGGCAAUAUUUUCAAAUUGCAGCAAAAGUAAAUAAGCCAAGCCAGCACAAACAAUCCAACCUUAAAUAACCACACCCUCUAAACAAACAUUCCUUAUAAAAUUUAAGAUACCUAUUCAUUUUCUGCUGUAUCAAAAAAUUCACCAACUUUAGCACCUUAGCAAAAUCUUUCUAAAAUUAAUUUAUUUCAAAAUGAAGCUCAAGUAGAUUUAAAUCAUUAAAUACCUUAGGAGAUGGAAUGCAUUCCAAACAAAAUAUAAUUAGACAAUAAACAUAUAGAGGACUUGCUGAAAAAAUAUUAGCAAAACUUGAUGCAAGUAUUUAAAAAAUUGCAAAAUUUAUAUUCACAAGACAAUGGAUCUUAAGAGCAAAUACUUAAAAUAAUUAAACUUGCUUUGAGAAUAGCUAUGUGUUUAAGGCAUUCAGAAGUAUUCGAAAAAAGCUAAAUGGAGUAAAUUUUAAUCUAUUUCUAAAAAAUUGAGAAGAGUGAUUCUAAUUUACUUUAAGUAGUUCAAUAGCCUAAUGCUGCUGGAAGUUCAAAUAUAAUUUAAGCAAAUACUAAUUUAAAUAACGUAGGAAAUUAGAAUUAGCUGACUAAUCAUUAAAACAAUUUCAUGUUUAACUCUCAUUAGAAAACAUCUUCUCCUAGCCUUGGUACCAGCUUAGCAAACAGCAAAAACUUAAAAAAGCAAGCAAACUCAGGAUAGAUGUAAUUUUCUAUAGAAUCUCUGGUUAAAUGGGUUGAUUUUUGUAGUAAAAACGAAGCUCUGAGGCAAAUUUCUAUCCUAAUAAAAGAAUGA